GCACGAUUUUCAGGACUUACUUCGCAGAGGCUGCUCAACAUCACCGCUACGGAUACACAGAUGAGCUUCUGAAAAAGGCUUUGUCAUUGACGUCUGACCGCCUGACCGGCUCUCACUUACCAUACUGGGGGGCUUGACGAGGACGGUGAAGUCGUGGAAGCUAUGAAGCAACAAACAUCUUUCGCCACAUUUUGAGAACUUCACUGCUACCGAAUUGAGACAUGGCGGACAACAACAACCCCUCCGGAUACACUCCUCCUGCUCCUGAUGCCGUUCCUGCUUCCGAUACACCAACGCCAGCAUCUCCUACCAUGGACCUGCCUGUAUAUGGAGCGCCUGCAUACGAAAUAUCCGAGGAGUGCCAGAAAGAGGCAGAAGGGACCAUGUACCCAGACCAGCCGGACAAUCCGGACAACCUUCACAAAUGGCUCUACUGCGAGAAGCACCACGGGGAUACUCUUUCAUAUUUUCAAUGCGUGUGUGUUCAAGUGCCAUUUUUUGGUCGCAAUCAGUACUUUUCCGCCAAUUGCAUAUUGAGGGAAUGCGUCGGUGACGACAGAAGAAGGCUAUUUCUCAAGCAGUACUCUACAGGCUGCAGGGAUGCUGGUAGGCAGUUAAUUGGCCUUCCUCCAGCUUGGGCUCCGUACUCUCCAUAUAAUACACCCUCCACCUCUGCCACCGCGCAGUCGACUAGGACCACGAGCUCUCAACCUAGUACGUCUACUCAACCGAGUACACUGACUGAGGCCACAAGUGCGACCAUUUCUGCGGCGUCAUCGAAGACUUCCAAGACGCGACUCACCACCACGAUCACCAACUCGACAGUUACAGUUAUGCCAACUCCGACGGGUCCGGCCGAUGGGCAGAUACCAAUUUGCGGAAUCCUACAGAAAUGCAUGACGACGAAGCCACAGGGUGAAGCGUUAUGUGUCAUGGGCGACCUCGACUGCAUCUGCAAGGCCAGCAACUCGCUCGAACACAAUACAGAAUUCAAUCAGCAGUGCGUUCUCGACGCUUGCUAUGGCGACAUUGGCAGGGAAGAGUUCCUUGACAGUCUCUUCUACCACUGCAAGAAGGUAGACAAGGAGCUCAUUGACAUACCGAAACGAUGGGAACCCUACCUUCCAGUCACUUUCCCUUCCGCAACGCCAGACUCGACAACCAGUGGCCCCAAGAAUCCUGCGCCUGCUCCUGCCGAUGUCAAGCUCAACGUCCAAUCUAUUGUGGGGAUUGUCAUCGGCGUCCUUCUCGUCCUCGGUAUUGUUUUCGGAUUACUGUGGCUCUGGUGGAAGAAGAAGAGGGAGGCUAAGAAGCUCCGCGUCGAAAACGCUCAGAUGCUAGACGCUAUACACCCUGACGGCUUUAGCAACAGGAUCAACACCUUGAGGGGCCAUUCAUCAAUCCAGCCCUUCUCAGAUCUCCAGGGAACCGGCAGUGCAGGCUCCGACGCCGCAGCAUCAAGGCACGGUACCGCAUCUACCUACAACGACGCGACACUCGUCGGUUCACCGCGGAGUACGACCGCCUUCCCCAUCAGCCCUACGAACCCCAAAAGCCCAAUCCAUGAGUACGGUACAGCUGACGAAGACUGCGCUAUGUCGGCGUUCGUAAGGUACCCCGGUCAUAAGCUCUACAAUGACGGUCAAUUCGAGUUACCCAACAGCCAGCUUCGCGGCAGUCAAGUCAUGCAGGACCAGCGCAACACGCAAGAUGACUCAGCAAGCGAGUAUAGUGCACGCCGACCUAGCUACGGCGAUGACUCUAUCGACAUACGGCAGGACAGAGAAUCGCGAGCACAAUUUGAACUGGCGCAGCGUGAUGAGUGGGAGAAGAACGGGGACUAUGACCGUAACCAGGGGAACAUGUUUUGAGAUUGCAUCUUUUGCUGGUAUUGUUAUCGUCUCCUUUCCGACCGGUGAACUGCUUUAGACUAUAUCCCUGCGACUUAUGGUAGCAGUUCCUGCAGAUGCCCGUUGGGUGACGAGCUUGGUUUAGACUUAUCUCCAUUGACUAAGUCGUACGGAACUAGGCGGUGCAUGCAAACUGGUAGUACGAAACAAUUUUACUUGCGGCUUUUAUGUGGC